AUGGCCGCGCGUCGGGUAGUACUGUUUGGCGGUCAAGGAUCCCGCUCCAUCUUCUCAUCCAGCACCACCAGUAUUGCAGAACAAGACGCUCAGUCCAGCACAGCAGGUAUCAUAUUACUUUCAAAAUGUCAUGUUGCCAUUUUGCGGGAGAUAUCAAGCUUAGAUGUCCAAUCUCGUCUGAUAUUGGCCAUUGACCCUGUCUCAUUCCCAACACCUCGCCAUUUACUCCAAAUAGCAGACAAAUAUCACACACACCCAGUUUUACAAGCAACUACCAUUUAUCUCUGCCAGAUACUGAGAUAUCUGUCACAUACACUGCAACAAGAUGACACAUUUGAACAGUGUUUCGAAAGGAUCGAGGCAACAGCUGGCUUUUCAUCGGGCAUCAUUCCAGCUGCAGUUGUCGCCUGUUCGUCAACCAUAGAUGAGUUCGUCGUUUGUGCUGUUGAGGGUUUCCGCCUCGCAUUUUGGGUCGCAUAUUACAGCUUUCGCUGGUCUCUUUUACUCGCAGAGCAGAAUGGACACAACACGAGCCAAGAUGCCACAAUGUCACUUGCAACUCGGGGCUUGUCCAGAACACAGGUUGAACAAGUACUAUACAGAAUGAAAGCUGAGCGUGGCUUACAGCGGAUGGCGAUAUCAUCCAUAGCAAUUUCUGGUUCAGUGUCCAUCUCUGGACCCCAGGCUGAACUGGUUGCUUUACAAGGAGAACUACAAAGUUUACGUUAUGUAACAACAACAUUUGCUUAUGUUCAUGGGUGGUAUCAUGGUGGAAAGCAACUCGAGCCUGUGGUAAAACAAGUCGAGGAGACUAUUAACCGCCGAUGUAUUUGUUUUCCGUCCUGCGAUGGAUCCUCAAAGCCAAUCUACUCUACAUUGGACGGUACUGUACUCGACCUAUUUGGAGGCUCAUCAAACAAACCGCUAUCGUCGCUCACCCGUCACCUUCUGAUCCAUUGUGUGAACUGGCGUGAUACAAGCAGAGCCAUAGCUGCAGAUAUUCGAGAGAUUCUGCGACAUACACCUAUGGCGGUCGAUAUUCUAUCGUUUGGUCCCGCCUCGUCGUCGAUCUUUCCAACAAUCGACUCACAGAAUCCCAGAGUCAACCUCGUCGACAUGUCAUCGUUCAAGUCCCAAGAGGGCUCUACAACACAGCACUUGGACCGCCCGAAUGAUAUCGCCAUCGUGGGAAUGAGCACAAAUCUUCCUGGAGGCCACAAUGCCGCUCAAUUGUGGGAGACGCUGUCUUCCGGACUAAAUACAGUCCAGGAGAUCCCAGAAAGCAGAUUCCAAAUUUCUGACUACUACACAAGCGAGAAGGGCGAGCCAAGAUCGAUGGCUACUGGACAUGGAGCAUUUCUAGAUGAUCCUUUCAGCUUUGACAAUGCCUUUUUUAACAUCUCUCCUCGCGAAGCAAAGUCAAUGGACCCCCAACAGAGGAUCCUUCUCCAUGGUGCACAAGAGGCACUUGAAGACGCUGGAUAUGUGGCGGACUCGACGCCUUCAUCUCAGAGGGCGACUACCGGUUGCUACAUUGGGUUAGCCACCGGUGACUAUACGGAUAAUUUGCAUGAUGAUAUUGACGCAUUCUAUCCGUCGGGCACUCUGAGAGCAUUCCACAGCGGCAGGAUAUCGUAUUUCUACCAACUCAGUGGUCCAUCUAUUGUGACCGACACGGCAUGUUCCUCUUCAACAGUUUCUAUCUAUCAGGCCUGCCGAGCUAUACAGAAUGGAGACUGCACGACAGCCAUUGCCGGUGGUGUCAACGUCAUCACGAGUCCAGAUAUGUACCUAAGUCUGUCUAGGGGACAUUUCUUGAGUCCAACAGGGAACUGCAAACCGUUCGAUGCAAGUGCUGACGGUUAUUGUCGAGCCGAGGGCUGUGUGCUUUUCGUACUCAAGCGUCUUUCCGACGCAGUGGCAGAGGGCGAUCGCAUCCAUGCAGUCAUCAGAAACGCCCAAAUUAACCAAAGCGGCAACUCAUCCUCCAUCACACAUCCCCACAGCCCGACACAAACAGAUCUUCUCACAAGGCUGCUGAAGCAAGCCGAUGUUGAUCCUGCAUCAAUUAGCGUUGUGGAAGCACAUGGGACAGGAACGCAAGCUGGCGAUGCUCGAGAGAUUGAGACACUGAAACUCGUUUUCAGUCAAUAUCACUCAGCAACAACCCCACUGGUAGUGAGCUCUAUCAAGGGAAACGUUGGGCACUGUGAAGCAGCCUCGGGUGCAGCUGGUCUAGCGAAACUGUUGCUUAUGUUGAGGAAUGACGAGAUUCCAAAACAAGCUGGACUGGAGAACAUGAACCCAGCUCUGGGAGACCUUCAAAAUUCUGGAUUAGUGGUUCCAAGACAGAACAUGCCCUGGAAUCGAUCUCGGACUGUACCGAGACGGGCUGUUCUCAACAACUUCGGGGCUGCUGGGUCUAAUGCAUCGCUUCUUCUCGAAGAGUGGCUUGAGUCCCCUGCGACAAGCAAGCAAAAAAAUGAGGAAGGUAAGCGUUCUUCGUAUGUCUUUGCCUUGUCUGCAAAGUCGAACAAGGCUUUGCAGUUAUCCGUGGGCCGACACAUCGAGACGCUAAAGAAGAACAUGGAGCUCGGUACAUCAUUGGAGGACAUAUGCUAUACUGCGACUGCUCGCCGCCAGCAAUUCGACCACCGAAUCUCUGCUACAUGCAGCUCCAAGCUUGAGUUGAUGGACAAGCUAGAGCAGUACCAAUCGACGGUGUCAACGCCCGCUCAGAUGGUUUCUUCGACCGUUUUCAUUUUCACAGGACAGGGCAGCAUCUACAGUGGUAUGGGUCGUGAACUGAUGUCCACGUACCCUCCUUUCCGGGACAUUAUCAGGACAUGCGACCGUAUCGUUCAGGGACUGGGCCUCGGAUGUCCGAGCAUCUUGAACUACAUACUUCCCGGGACUGAAGGCAGAUUGGCUUCUAUGUCCCACGUUGAACAUCUCAUGGUUUCUCAGUGCGCCUGUGUUGCGCUGGAGUAUGCCCUAGCCAAGACAUUCAUCUCUUGGGGUAUCAAGCCCGACUAUGUCAUGGGCCACAGUCUUGGAGAGUACACUGCUCUGUGCAUCUCAGGUGUCUUGACGCCAGGUGAUACAUUCCGCCUCGUUGCGACAAGAGCAAAGAUGAUGGGCGAGCAUUGUGCCGCAAACACAUCAGGCAUGCUUGCUUGUCACUUGAGCUCUGGUGAAAUACAAUCUAUCAUUUCAGACGAUCCAUCUUUCUGCCAGUUAAGCAUCGCGUGUCUAAAUGGGCCCCACGAUUGCGUUGUUGGUGGUCCGCUCACCCAGCUCGAGGCGCUACGAACACGAUGCAAAACUGGCAACAUCAAGUGCAAACUGAUAGAUGUCCCCUAUGCUUUCCACACUUCAGCAAUGGACCCAGUAUUGGGUCUUCUUUCAGCACUAGGGCGAUCUGUUGAAUUCCAGGACGCUACGAUUCCUGUCAUCUCCAAUGUCGAUGGGCAACUGUUCCGUAAAGACAUGACAGCGAACUACUUCGCAAACCACACACGCCGGCCAGUUCGAUUUCAUGAGAGUAUCAUGAAUCUCCAAGAUCUUAUAGGUCAAUCUUCGUUAGAUGAAUCUCUUUUUAUCGAGAUUGGUCCGCAGCCUGCGAUGCUGCCUAUGUUGCGAGACUCGAUCGCCUCUGCCUCUUGUACAUAUCUCAGCACUUUACAAAAAGGCCGGGACGCUUGGAUGUCCAUUUCUGAGACAUUAUCCGCAAUAUCCUUGCGUAAGAUGGGAAUCAACUGGCGAGAAGUAUUCGAUGGCACCUCAGCCCAGGUCACAGACUUGCCUGGUCAUCCUCUUCAAGGUACCAGAUUCUGUAUUCCUUUCAAGGAACCUAGAGGCAUCACCAAUCAUGCGAAAUCUUCGGCAAUUGCUUUUGCAACAAGUGUUAGAACUGGAUGUCGCCUUCUACCAUGGGUCAGAGCGGAUACCAAUUUAUCGAAAGAACACAUCUUUGAGACCGACAUGACAACUCUUGGCCCAUUGAUCAGCGGUCAUGAUGUUGGUGGGUCGCCUAUCUGUCCUGCGUCUGUCUUUCACGAGCUAGCACUCGAGGCUGCCAAGUCAGUACUAGAGCCUGGAAAGGAAGACAUUUUAGUGGUGAAAGGAAUGAAGUUUUCCAGUCCACUGAUUUUUCUUUCGUCGACGUCCAACACGACAGUACACGUGCAUAUAUCGAAAAAGGGCAUUGCUACCACAAGGACUGCAAGCUUCCAUGUGAAGUCCACGUCUCCCGCAUCUCCAGUAGAGUCUUUGCACUGUUCUGGAUAUGUCACUCUUCAAAACCUGGAACAACAGUCAGGGCAGUGGAUGAGAGACCAUGCUCUGGUUACCAGACAAGCUCGACUUUUCUCUGGUGCUGGUAAGGACCUACUGAGCACAUUCCGAAGACGGGUCCUUUACGAGAACAUCUUUACCCGGGUUGUUCGGUACUCUAGAGAUUACCAAACCUUGCAAUUUCUAGACGUGGCUGACUCGAACCUCGAAGGCAUGGGUUCGUUUAACAUGCCAUCCGAUUCUAUCGCUCAGACAGAGACUGCCUACAUCGCCCACCCUGUCUUUACCGACACACUAUUGCACGCAGCCGGAUUCAUUGCCAAUCUUGCGAUUGGAUCGAAUGAGGUUGGUAUUUGUUCUGCUGUUGAGUCGAUCGAGGUUGCGUACCAUGAGAUCAACUACGAAGACACUUUCAAGAUUUACUGCAGUCUUCUGGAAGUUAAGGGCUUGAUUGUUGCGGAUUCCUUCGCCUUGGAUAGUUCCGACAAUAUUGUUGCAGUAAUACGGGGUAUGGAGUUCAAGAAACUACAGCUCUCUACUUUCCAGCAAGCUUUGUCCCGCAUCUCUUCCAACUCCGAGCCCGAGGGGCCAGAGUACCAUCAUGGAGUCUCUAGCUCAGCCGAGUUGCAACUUCAGACGUCUGUGGCUGCUUGUCAGCCGUUGACAGUCGAUACUGCAAUUGACGCACAUAAACACCAAGAUGAGAAUGGAAUCAGCCAGAUACUCAAAGACGUCGUUGUUGAGGUGGGCGGGUUCAUGGAACAAGACAUCGAUUACACCAUGUCCUUGACAAGCUUGGGAAUAGACUCUUUGAUGCAAAUCGAGAUUGUCUCCAAGAUCUCUCGUUUGUUCCCUGAGAAAACCGGACUCGACCACAAUGCUUUAGCUGAGUGCGAAACUCUUCAGGAGUUGAAUGACAUGCUGUCAUCUGUCCUUCAACCAUCAGUUAAGCAAAGAUCAGCUUCUCAAGCAUCAUCCUCUAAGCAGACUGCCGUCAUCACACCAACUUCUUCUGACUCUUCAGUCGAGGGUGAUAGCGCUCAUGGGUCUGUGGUGUUGCCUGUUGCUCUCCAUACUUCUGACGAGUCACGCACUCCUCUUUGUCUCUUCCAUGAUGGAAGUGGGCAAAUUAGUAUGUACAAACGUCUUCAAGGGCAUGAUCGGACUACGUAUGCCUUUUUCGAUCCCAAAUUUGAGUGUUCCGAUGAAGGCCGUUCGUUUUAUUCCAGUAUUGAAGAUAUGGCUGAGGAUUAUGCUUCCAGAAUACUGAGCACACGCCCACCUCUUUCAUCAUUGAUACUUUGUGGCUGGUCAUUUGGAGGUAUCGUAGCCCUCGAGGUAGCCCGACUACUCUUUUUGCGUGGUAUCGAGGUGAGAGGGCUUGUACUGAUCGACUCACCAAGCCCAAUCAACCACGAGCCUCUUCCUGCCCAGAUCAUUUCAAGCAUAACAAGAUUCACUGGCCGGUCUGAAAGCACGAAUGCUCUUGAAGAGGAAUUCUUGUCCAACGCAUCUCUCUUGGGCCGUUACAAACCCGAAAGUCUUUCUCUAACCACAGGGAGAACUCUCAAGACAGUCAUGUUGCAAAGCAAGGGCACACUGGACACUGAGUCUCUUUGUGGAGUCCGCUACGACUGGCUAAGUCGGCAAGAUGUCAGGGAUGCUGCGAUUGCGGAAUGGGAAAGCUUGAUGACAAGGUCACCGAAACGUCAUCACAACUUUGGCAAGCAUGCCAAUACAUCGAACAGUCUGACGGACAAAAGCUCGGCAUCUAAUAAGGCACAUAUCUCAAUGCAUCAACGAAUCGACCUUCACUGCCACGCUGUGGCUCCGAGCUAUCGCCAAUAUGCUAUCGACAACGGUCAUGAGAAGCCAGACGGCAUGCCCGCUCUACCCCAAUGGACCCCUGAACAACACAUUGGUCUCAUGAAAAAACUCAAUAUCAGCAAGUCAGUAUUGAGCAUUACUUCUCCAGGGACGCACUUGACGCCGCAAAAUGAUGAAAAUGCCACACGAUUGACCCGUCAAGUCAAUGAGGAGCUUUCUACCAUCUGCCAAAAACACCCAUCGUACUUUAGCUUCUUUGCUUCACUACCUUUGCCAUCCGUCAAUGAUUCCAUCGCUGAAAUCGACUAUGCGUUAGACCAACUUGGAGCAUUAGGCUUUGCGGUUCUGUCGAACGCCAACGGUGUAUAUCUCGGUGACGCCGAACUUGAUCCCGUAUUUGCGCAUUUGAAUGCUCGCAAGGCUAUACUGUUUAUUCACCCCACGACAUGCAACAUCAUUGCCUCUUCUGGACAAGUUCAACCUGUCAAACCCCUCGAGAAGUAUCCCCGACCCAUGAUGGAAUUCAUGUUUGACGAGACUCGCGCCAUCGCAAAUCUUUUGCUCUCGGGAACUGUUGCUAAAUACCCAGACAUAAAAUUCAUCAUGUCUCACUGCGGCUGUGCGCUACCGUCGAUGCUUGAUCGCAUUGGCGCUUUUGCAACACUGAUUUCAGGCGCGGAGAGCCAGACUGCCGAGUUCCAAAGGUUGCUCCGAGAGAGGUUCUACUUUGAUCUGGCUGGGUUCCCUCUACCCAAUGCCAUCCAUGGAUUGCUUAGAAUAUUGGGUGAAGGGGCAGAGAAGAGAUUAGUUUACGGAACUGACUACCCGUUUACUCCUGAGAGGCUUGUUGUUAGUUUGGCAGAUGUGAUGGAAAAGGGACUCGAGGAGUUGUUUGACGAGGGACAGCGAGCUGAUGUACUUGUUCGAGUCGCUGGCACCAUUCAAGAUGAGGCUAUGCGCACAACUAACACUGAAGACCACUCGGGAACACUAUCCUAA